AGCAUUAGCAACAUGCAACGCGGUGUUGCUGCUGCCUAAGAUUUUAGCAUGGAGGCCAAGCUGCAGGUGUCAUCUGAAGACUGGUUGAAGGUUCAUGGACUGGAUGCAAAUGCAUUGACCCUUGACCAGCUCUUACCUACUGUUGGAUUUCUACAAAGCAAAAGUGAAGUAGGCUCCCUUGGCCAUGCAGUCUCUUCUCAAUACGGAGAUGGUGUGUUUGUUAGACAAGAGAACUUGUCAGGUCAAGUGUACAAUAUAUGUGGCACCAGUGGAGGGAAGUUGGCGUCCAUUGAAGAGGAGUUGAAGGAGGCCAUUUGCUUGCUGAAGGCUCGCUAUGACUGGAUGAUCACUGGAAGUCGAUUGCAGUUCGGAGUUGUGAGUGGUAGACAUGCUGUCAUGGUGAUUGACUAUUACGGAACUGAGCAAGCUAGAUUGAGUUCACUCAUUGAAGUUGCAGCCUCUGUGAUUAAGGAGCAGUUCAUUCACCUGGAUCAAUUCAAUGUCAUAAGCUGUACAUCUGGUGUGAGCUGCUGGAGGGAGGGGCUGGUUAGCGUGUCGGACAAGAGCUUAGAGGAGGUGCUGGCAUGGCUGGAGCUUACUAAACCACAAACACCUCCACUCACGUCCAACGUUCUGCAAGCUCUCUCCAAAGCACUGGAGCACACUGAGGCUGAUAGUGUGCACCUGCUCAGCUAUGGAGAGUCUAGCCUGAGGGCAUUUGAGCAACUGUUAGAGAGGGUGAAACCUUCUUUAAUUCCGGUUAAUGUUUCUGUACUUAACUGUGAGAGAGAGGAAAAGUUGGAACAGUACAAAUCUAUUGCCAUUGCCUCUAAUGGAAAGUGCCACUGUUACACUCGACCUCCAUCACUGGUCGGCAACAAUCCUCUACUGUCAUCAUUCUCCAGCCUGGCAUCAUCAGGCUCAUCAAAACGAUCGGGAAGAUCGGGAAGUGGGCGUAGUCAAACCAGCAGACCUUCCUCAGCCAAUAUAUCCUCCUUUCCACAAAGUCUCACUGACGCAGACACACUGGCCAUAUGGAAAGAACUGGAUUCUGCGAGAACCACACUUGCUCAGAUACAAGCCCUUCGCAUUGAGAUGGGAGGAGCUACUUGCAAUUGUAGUCCAGAGCCCCCCAAGCUCUCGGACACCAGCAUAACCUCAGAGCAGUGGCUGGAGGUGUACGGCCUGAAGGCUAAGAAGUUAAUGUUUGAUCAUCUUGUUCAAUCAUUAGCGUUUAAGCACUGCAAUGGUAUUGUUCAAAUUCCCCUCCCUCCCAAGCACAAAAGGACUGGCAAGGUGGAGAUGGUUUCACAUACAAAGGUUGUACAUGCUCAAUACUGCAAGGAGUUUGUGCACAUGAGAUGGCCAGAAGGAGAGGUAAUUCAUGUCCAGCUGAGCAAGUAUGCUCACCGGGUGUUUUGUGAGGGUGUAGAGGGAGUGGUGGGAGCAUGCAGGAAGCGGCUAUCCUGGCUCAAGAAAGGUAGCAGAGAGCUGUUUGGAACACUCCUGGAAACCAAGAUUGUUAUAGUCGUGGAUACAUCCGUUUCCAUGGGAAAGAGACUGGACUUGCUUAAGGAGAAACUACAGGAACUGAUUCAAGAACAAUUAAGCACUAAAGACCAGUUCACUGUGUUCCACUUCAACUCGAAGGUGUACCCAUGGAGAGAGAACCUUGUGGCCUCUUCUCCCCAGACCUUGACUGCUGUCUCCCAGUGGGUGGAUGGUCUAACUGCAGGAGGUAGCACAAACACUCAAGCAGCUCUAGUCAAAGCCAUCACAGUGACGGGAGCUGAGGCUGUGUACUUGAUGACCGAUGGCAGACCAGACACGUCCACUGAUGUACUCCUCGCUAAAAUACAGCAGCUGCCCAGGAUCCCAGUACAUACGAUAUCGUUUAACUGUGGCGACUCCAAGGCCAAUCACUUCCUGGCCAAACUGGCUACUAACACUGGUGGAAGAUACCACUACUUGUCUGAAGAUGUUCGUGACCCGGAAGGACCAAAGACUUAUCAGAGUGAGGAUAUAACUCGGCUGGAGGAAGAAAUCAAUAGUGGAUUGGAUCAGCUAGAACGAGCCAAUCAACUUCUAGCCGAGUGUCAGGUGACCAACAAGCGGUGUGGAAAAAAGAAGAAACGAACUGCCAAGAUUAUCCAAAAAACUGUAGAGUCUGAUACAGAUAGUGGAGACAGUGCAAUGGACAAAUCACUGAUGUCAUCGAAAAAGUGGCUUACUAAAAACAGUCUCUCUGCUCUCAAGCUGACACUCAUGGAUGCUCUAGGUCCCGCUUCCAUUCCCCAUACCACCAAACACGUUCCCAUUCUACAAAAGGACAUCCAUUCGAAAGUAUUCUCUCAACUGUUUCCCCUCGCUCACAUUUCCAAUGGCAAUAGUAUGACACUAAUACAUCCGAGUGGAGUGGAUCUGAUUGGCUACGAAAAUCGACUAGACGAACAAACAGAGGUGUAUUGGGCUCGUCUCUCUCGUCUCGCCUGGGCUGCUAUCCCUACUGAGAACAGACCCUCUGUUCUACAAGAAUGCGGGCUGGAGGAAGGACUAGUUCCAUCGUAUCGUGAGCAUCAAGCAGUACUAAGGAGGGUUUUGAGCCAACUGAAAUUGCCGCGCCUUCAAUUCGACUUUGAUUUGUUAGAGGGAGAGAUACGACAAGCUGAAUCGUACAAGCAACACUCGCAGUUGCUCCGUGAAGAAGUGAAGAAAUCACACAAUGACACACGCUCUGUUUCAUCGUUUGGAAGCCAUGUACCGUUGAUGGAAAACCCACUAUAUUGUAUAUCGAACAACAAAGGACAUUGCUCUAAGCCUAGCAAGAGUGCUAAAGUCAUCAUAAGGUCCAAAUUUGAUGGCUACUAUUAUCCCGGUACUGUAACGAAUGAACAGAGUCAUAAAUCAAUCAGAGUAGAAUUAGCCGAUAAACAAGAGAUCUCUACUAACAGUUUGCUAGUGAUACCUGUGGGAGGAGCUAGACCUUGCCCGGUGCUUCAGCGUGGCGAUCAUGCUCUAGUGAGAGUGAGAGCAUCCAUUAAUGGGCAUCACCCUGGACCAGAUGGGCGAUGUGACUACUACAUUCCAGGCAUUGUUCAAGUACCCCCUGAAAACGCUAGGAAAGGGCAUGCUCUCCAUUCUGUGCUCGUGUUUAAUGGUCAGGUGGUUACUUGUGAUAGGCGAGGGAUUGUGAAGAUUAGCGAGAAACGAUAUGCCGACACUUGCAAAUACAUUCGUGAGAAGAUGAGAGAGGAAUUGGAAUCAACACAGAGUGAGGAGACUCGGUCUGAAGCUUCAUACACGUAUUCUGGCAUGAGCAGUACUCGUAUGCCUACGCCACCUGAAUCCGAUCAAGGCUCAGAAAUCAGUUCUACCCCUUCAACUGCUCGGAUUUCCGUACGAUCUAGAGCUUCAAGCAUUGCCUCAAGUAAAAAGAGUGCCACGUCAAAUGGACCAGAUCUAACUGCACUAUUAGAGAGUCAACGUGCUCAAGAGGAGCUCAUUCAGCAGUACCGGAGAGAGCUGCUCUCGAUGCAAGAGAAACAAACACAAAUGGAAGAACAGUUAGUGGCACAGCUGAGCAAAGGAGGUGAACAAUUUCCAGAGGCUACCCAGCCUGCACACAGUGAACAAAAUGUCGAAACACACUCAAAAGAACAAACUGAAUGUGAAAAGGAACCUUCAGCUGAUUUAGAUGAUUUUCCUGAUGAAGAUACUUCUGAGAAAGUUGCAGUUAUAACUCCUCCAACUAAAAAAACCUCAACUGUAAGUGAAAAGGAAACUUCAGCCGAUUUAAAUCUCAAUGGACACAGUGAUUUAGAUGAUUUUCCUGAUGAAGACACUUCAGAGCAAGUUGCAGUUGUAAUUCCUCCAGCUCAAGAAAGUAUUGACAACGUACCAUCUGCAGCUAUUGGCGACCCUCACACCGCAGUGCUGCAUGCUGAGACAGGAAUGAACACGGAUACGAUGACUGAAGACAUAGGUGUUGGAACCGGACCUAUGACAGAAUCUGUAGCUGUUGGAACGGAAUGGAGUCAUAGUGAAACGGAAAUCAGCGAUGAGCCAGCUGUUAGUGAAGAGUCAGACACAAUUGACCAUGUGGUUGAAUCUCUUGUUGAAUCUCCUAGUGAGGAAUCGUUUGUGCAACACACUCCAAUCUCAACACCUAUCCCUACUCCUCCAAUUAGUCGUGCCAACACUCCCAAUCACACCCAACACUCCACACCAGCUCCCAGUGGGCACAAUACACCCGAACGCUCCACAUCUCCCACACCCUCACCAGAUUAUGUCAUCACUCCAUCAUACAGUCACAUCUCCACACCCGAACACAAGGAACUCGAAACUUCCCCCAACCAAACUUCACCAAUUCCAUCUACUCCUCAUAUGACGGCUCUACACACAUCCAUUGAGACUGCCCCUCUAAUUAAUCAACAGGUGUUGGUUCGUUGGCCGGAUGACGGUUGGUACUAUCGCUGUACAGUAGUGGGCGUGGCAGGAGACGGACAGUGGGAGGUGGAGGAUGCCAGCGGUGAUACUGAAGCUAUUCCAUCAUGUGAUAUCAUUACAGACUUGGUGGAUUCACAACGACCCCUUGAGCUUGAAGAUGCUGUUGCGUCCCUCCAUCCUGACUACUCUUGCAGCUAUGCCCCAGGCAUAAUAGCAGGCAUAUCCAAUGAUGGUCUGAGCUUCACUGUGGAGCUGUACGAUGAGAGUCAGACCACCCUCCGUAGACACGAAGUCUACAGACUGGCCAAGAGCAAGCACGUCAGUGAUGUGGAGUACAUACGUAAAAAAGAGGCGGAGUGGGUGGGUACUGCUUGUGUGGUUAGGAAUGACUCUGACGGUCUCUUCUAUCCUGGUAAGGUGGGGCGACAGAUUCCUGGGUCAAGAAGGUAUAUUGUGCAGUGGGCAGACGACUCCUUCCAGGAACAAGAAGUGCUUCAUAUGUAUGGGCCUCUGACUCGUAAACGACCCCUCAGGAUUGGGGAUCAUGUGAUUGCUCUAGCCGAUCCAAAGGUUGGUGCGUGUAUGCCUGGAAUGAUAGCUGGAACCAAACAAGCAAAACUAAUUGUGGAGUUUUGCGAUGGACAACAUGAUGCUGUUGAUCCUACCCACUGUUUCUGGGUGUCACUAGAGUACCAUCGCCAGGCAGUGGAGUAUAUCUGUUCCCAUGCCCCACCCCCUUCUAAUGUGGGCGGAGCUGAUGACGAUACUGUCACCAUAGAUACAGAUGAUGUACUGAAUGGAAUAACAAGUGACUAUUCGCUACAGUGAACACUUUUUUGCUGAUUAUACAUGACAUUAGUUAAAAAAUUAUUACAAGAAUUCACACAGAGAUCAUAUUAAUUUGUUUUAGUUCAGUCAUCUAAUUGUUAAUGUUCAAAAAGAUGAAAUACAUUUCUGCCUCUUGCUUGUUUCUCCAAUUUCUGCAUAAUAAAAGAAAAUUUUGUCAUCCAAA